CGACGUCAGUUCGCUAUCGUCCCGCGACCCGGCUGGGCUGGCUCUCGAACACGUUGCUCCACUGUACUCCUUCUCGGCGGUACACACUCUCCUCUCAGGAGACAAUCGUAUGUUUCCCGUAGCCAGGUCUUUUCUCUUUAAUAUCACGAGGAUGUUUGGAGAAAAAGUCUGAGGAUUUUUGUGCGCAAUGUAUCGCGAGGACGCGCUCCUGAGGUAAUCGUAUCACCUGGAUGAUCGAUUCACCUUAUUUCUGCCGAAGACGCGUUAAAAAUUUUGGUUGGCAUCCGCGAGAUGAGAAAGUGGUUUUUUCGUAAUUAGUGAAAAUUUCGUACCGCGGUGAAAGUGAUAGGGGCUUUUUUUUUCCAUUGCUUUUCCUUGGAACAUCUGUGCUAACCCUUUCGGUGCUCUGGAUGAUCCUAAAACUAUAGAGGACGAAUAAAGCUCUUCUAGGUGUCGCGGUGUAGUCACAGGUUAUUUGAGUUAUGAAGGAAGUCUUUUUCGUGUCUUACUCCUUGCGCCGAUCUUUCCUGGGAUACUGACAACCAUCAACAGUAAUUAAGAGUGCCACAGUGUUGCUGGAAUGAUACAAUUUUAGAGUAAUGAAACGUCAUGUGAUGUCAACAGAGCUUUUGACAGUGGUCCGCACGCGUUACAGCAAAAUGAAUGUGAUUCGACGAAAUAGUCUCGAUCGCGUUGACAGUAAUGGUCGAAGUUUUCGAUAGUUGCUUUCAUUAAAAUUUUGACGCAAAUUCCCAUCGAGUCACACACUGUUAGACGCUACCGCUCUUGAAUGUGACAAGGUAGAAGUGUCAAAUGUUAUAUUAAUUUGCUCGACCUGUCCAGCCAAUCGGAGCCCCAGACUGGAUAUACACGUAAGUGCUCUGAGAUUGAAGAAAGGAUACUCGUGGAUAGUUUGGUGGAUAAUCUGGGAAACGUAAAUGUGCGUGGAAAAAGAACUGUGAAGAGUGUAAUAAGGAAAACGUAAAGUUGGUGCCAGUGCAGAAAAGGAAAUCAAUGGCCGCGGCAAAGCAGCCUCGUACUGGCCAAAUUUCACAAGGCGUUGCUUAAUAAGAUUCAAAAGGAAAUUUUAUUAAAUGUCGUUCGGCCGCCUCGAGAGUGAUGAAUAGUGGCAUUGCGUGAGGUUAGACGCUUCUGAGGUGAUUAUUGCCGCUGCAUUAGGGGCGAUGUCGGCCUGAAAAAAGAAAGUUAUUUCAGCAGUGGUGCUGUGUAUUAUGUGAAGUGAUAAUUGGUGCGGAAGAGGAAAUCGAAGAUGUUGACCAUCAACUGGACAACGUGGCUUCUUGGGAUUGCAGCACUCGUUGGCAGUAAUGGUGUCUGUGGAUUGGUACACAGCGGAAGCAGCGCAAAGAACGGGGACAGCUUUCAAAAUGCCCUGGACGAUACGACGAGAUCAGGUCCGUAUUUCGACAAGUGGGCCUCAAAGAACGUGACGGCACUCCUGGGAAAGACGACCUACCUGACUUGUCGCGUGAAGAACUUGGGAAACAAGACAAUGACCUUGCAAGUGUCCUGGGUUAGGCACAGAGACGUUCACCUGCUGACUAUCGGCCGUUACACCUACACCAGCGAUCAACGGUUUCGGGCCAUUCAUCAGGUUCAUUCGGACGAUUGGUUACUGCAAAUAAAGUAUCCACAGCAUCGGGACAGUGGGAUAUACGAGUGUCAGGUCUCCACGACUCCUCACAUGAGCCAUUUUGUACAUCUUAACGUCGUCGAGCCAACAACCGAGAUCGUUGGUGGACCCGACCAUUACAUCGAUCGUGGAAGUACGAUCAAUCUCACGUGCAUCGUACUGCACAGUCCGGAGCCGCCGGCAUACAUAUUCUGGGAUCACAAUGAUGCGAUAAUCAGCUACGACUCGACCAGAGGUGACGUCUCUGUCGUCACGGAAAAGGGCGACAGUACCACGAGCUCUCUAUUGGUCCAGCAGGCGAAACCAUCGGAUUCUGGACGCUACACGUGCAACCCCAGCAACGCCCAGCCAAAAUCCAUUACCGUUCACGUACUCAAUGAGUAUCCUGCGGCAAUGCAGCACGGCGGUCAGGCCAAGCAACCUAGGCUGUACUCGCUUCUACUCUGCCUCUGUCUGCUACUUUACUAAUUCGGCUUGAAGUAGCCUCGGUCGUGGAUCUCAGGCUCUUACGCAACUCUAAUUGCUGUUUGUGCAACUGGACCAGGUCUCUUGACAAAGCGAAUCGAAAUCUCUUAAAAACUAAGGCGAAUCAAAUCUCCCUCGUCGUUGUUGUCGUCAUAGAACGUUACGACUCACUUUUCGUUUUUCUUUCUCCUUUACGCACUGUACUCCACUUUUUCAUUUUUCCACUUUUUUUCUCUCUUUCUCUCUCCUGAUGACGUGUAUAAAUUUAUUGACAAGGCUGGACGAACGAGAUGAAUUACAAUGUAAAAGUUGAAAGCAGGUCUUUCUUCGCACGGUAAUUCUUAAUGAAGCUAAGAAACAUUACGUAUAAGAGAGACAGAGGGGGAGAGAGAGUGAGAGGAGAAUCAAGGAAACACGUAAUAAAACUAUAAGGACUCACGAGUCCUUCCAAAAAACGAUGCGUGUAUCGCUUCGAUAAUGGACGUCGCUUUAAUCCAGUUAAUCUCGAUGUUUUUCGGUGUCAGAUGCAAUGUUUAACAUAAGCCGUUCGACUAUUUCGCACGUGCAUCAAUGAAAUUGUGUCUAGAAUUGUGUCUGUUGUGUCAGAGUGCUGGAUAAAAUUUCAUCUGUUUAUUUAGAAGUUUUCGAUGGUAAAAUGCUCACGGCGUCUCGUAACGAAUCGUAUCGUAUCGGAAGAAGGAAUUCUUCGAUAAACACAUGAAUAACCCAGGAUUGGUUUAGCGCCAGAAAUCGAUCACUGCGAUUGUCCUUUACUUUCUUGACGUUAUCGCAUGUAUACGUGCGUUUCAAUGACGUAAAAUGACAGGAAUAGCGCGUCAGCGUCGCCCCGUCCAGCCCUCGUGCCCCCAAUUCUCAUUCAUAUCCCCACGUGGCCGGGAACUUGUAUGGCGAUGAAAUUCCUUCCAAUUUUCAUCCACCUUUAUUCUUCGGCGCGACUAUCCUGGACAUUUGAUACGUUCGUGACUCGACACUACGAGGAGAAACUUCUUCCAAGUCAGCAUGGAAGUUUUGCAACGUCUCCUUUAUUCUAAGCCUCAUGCACAUGGAGCAGCAGGCACGUUUCUCCCGUACGAGAUACAUUUUCCAGCUUGAUAAAAUAAUGCGAAAAACUUGAUAAUCUUAAACCUCAUCCAAAGUCCUCGAUAUUUCAAUCGGACCGCGUUACUCUGAUUUUCUCACGGAAUGUAAAUACCAAUUUCGAAGUGAUAUCGGGAGUCGAACUUUCUUGAUAAAUUGCCAAGUCGCUGUACAGGUCGCUAAGAACCGCUACGGGGCACAAUCUCCAGUAACUCCGCUUCAAGACCUAUUACUUUGGUUAGGAGUUCGCCUGCAAACGCUAAACGUAUCCUACACAAACCGUUUCCGUGCGAAUUAUCGGCCAAAUCAAUUCCACCCGCAUAAACGAUUCUGUCGCUAAAGGCGAUCCUCCAACUUUCCCAGCAGAUCCGCCAAAGCGACGAUACGUUUUCCAAACACACAACAUAUCACCAAGAGGAAUGCAAUUACUCGACACGAAGCCCCGAUAUGUAAAUACGGCAUCUCCUCGUAUGAAACUUUUUUCAAAAAAUAUUUCAUCUUACCAAGAGUAACGCUCAAGAUUCUUCUUCGUCUUGGCAUUCUACGAGCUUCGCUCGUCCACAGAAACGCACACGAGUUCGUUAGGACGUGCUUGAAAUAAUCGUCCCGCCGGAAAUUGGUUACUUUUCAAUAGUGGCAGUCUCGUGUAAGCUCAUCCCUUGAGGCAGGCGGGUGACUAAGGGGGAGGGCUGAAGAUCGAUAGGAUAUAUCUUUGAGGGGGUUGACGAGAGCAAUUUCAUAGCGGAAGGACCGGAAAGAAGUAAAAACCGGAUAGCACAAGUGGAGAUCGGACAAAACAGCAGAGAAUAGCAGCUGCACGUGACACGAUUAUCCCUUGACAAAUUACCGUCGAUACAUCCUUAUCGUCGGUUAUUAGCUUAAAAUACAGUCAUGCGCGCUUUCGUGAAAACGUCGUACGUCGCGACCUUAACUUUUUCUACGACUUUUAACGCGUUUUAUGUACGAACUGCCUAUUGAAAAGUGAUCGAGUUUUUAAGUGAGAUUCGCGUUUAUGCCUCUGCCUCCCCUCUUCCCUUUCAUCUCUUUUCUAUCGGUACCUGCCGAACCUAUAAUAUGUCCCAGCCUAACCUCACCCUAAUUCUUCUCGAUACUAUCCAUGAUUCUGUACGAUCGACACACGUGCGCACCCCGUCACUAAAAGAUGCAUUGUGUAGGUGACAUAUAAACACUGUAAAAAUAAAGUGGCGUCUUGCGAAACGAGCAGCGAUAAAGGAGAUUCCUUUUCCGAAAUAUCCAGCUUUGCGACGGAAGCUUCUAAACGAUAAUACUGACAAUUAUAAAGGCGAAUUGAAGCGAAAGAUAAAAAUUACAAAAAAAAAAACAGAAAAUAAAAAAUAUAAAGAGGAGCGAGUGAAAUCUACUUCUUGAAUGUAAAUAUGUAUUUAAAUGCGACUUAGUUGUAAUUAGUUGUUCUCGACAAUAUAAUGAUAAUGACAUUGUAUUAAUAUUACACUGUGGUUCUUUUUUAUAUAAUAUAUAUUUUGACCAACUCGUCGACGGUGCGUGUGAUCGCCGGAUGAUAAUGUAACGGGACACGCGUUAUGUGCAGCGUUGUCGAACAUUACAGUGUGUGAUAUUGCAUACUAAAAUUUAAAUGGGAAGCUACGUUAAAAUGCACAGGAUGAUGAGUAAAUUAAAAAAAUACCAGCAUCUACUUGUUGCUGUAUUAUCAACCGGUUAUACAUAUUAUACAAUAGGUAAUGUUCUAAUGUGACUACCGGUUCAGAGAAACGUGUGCUGUCAAUCAAAUAUCACAAUCAAGAUUCGCAGACUGACGACUCGACAGAGAAACUUCAAGCGCUGAAAUUGGCAAGAUAUGUUAUUUAACGUUAGUGAAGAACAAUAGACAAAUGGAUACGGGUGCGAAAUUUAUAACGUAAAUACUGCAAAGUAUCGUAACUGCGACUAACGGGGAAAAAAAUGUGACUUGCAGCAAAAAUUGGCAAACACUAGUCAAAUGUUUUUACGGCGUUACGUUAUCGGAUAAAUUGAGAAAUUUGAUUGGCAGCGUCACGUAUGAUAUAUGAUAAAUGUGUAUUUGGUACUGCGAGUGGAAAGUCAGUUUGAAGUGAUAGCAAAAAUCCAUUUGACGAAUGUUUGACAAGCACAUGGAAAAUGUAUAACUGCAAGCUGAACUAUAAUGUGAAAGAAGUGGGUAAACGGUAGAAAAUGCCGAAACCAAGAUCUUCGUUGACAAAAGAGAUUAGUGAAGCUCAGCUCAAUGUUCGUGAAUUGCUCAUAGAAACUGUUUGCCAAAACGGUCCAUGAGGAAAUAACCACUCCCCCCCCCC